AUGCUUAAGAAUUGCAUCAUUGAUCAUCGCCAGUCCCCUCUAACAGAUACCCAGGAUCUCCGUGCGCCCCCUUCCGUCCAGCCCUGUGUCCCCUACGUCCAGUGCCUGGGGCUUCCAUGCCGCGGGCAUUGCCGUCAUCUGAGCCCUCUGCGCCUGUGUGAUCAUCGCCAGUCCCCUUUAACAGUCAUUUUGACACACCAUUUUUAUGAAAAACAUAAUAAAAAACCUGAAUUUACUAUGGCCAACUUGAUCAUGACCAUAUCGGAUGUGUUUGUUGCGGGAACAGAGACAAUGACUACCACCCUGAUAUAUGGACUCCUGCUCUUACUGAAGUACCCGGAGAUCACAGCUAAAGCCAAGGAGGAGAUUGAGCGUGUGAUUGGCAGACACCGGAGUCCUUCAAUGCAGGACAGGAGCAACAUGCCCUACAUGGAUGCCUUGAUACAUGAAAUCCAGAGAUAUAUGUACAUUGUCCCCAAUGGCCUGCCUCAUGCUGUGACUCAGAACAUUAAGUUCAGUGAAUACCUUAUUCCAAAUGGCACAAACAUUUUUACAUCUCUGACAUCUGUCCUUUAUGACGCCAAAGAGUUUCCAAAUCCAGAGGGAUUUGAUCCUGACCAACUCCUGGAUGAAAGUGGCAACAUUAAGAAGAGCACCUACUUCAUGGUCUCUUCAGCAGGAAAAAGAGUAUGUGUUGGAGAGGGCUUGUCCCGUAUGCAGUUGUACAUAUUUCUGACUACUAUUUUACAGCAGUUUACCUUGAAACCUCUGGUUGAUUCAAAGGACAUUGACACCUCUCCAGUUCUCAAUGGAGUAGAGUCUGUCCCUCCCUUCUAUAAACUAUGUUUCGUUCCAGUCUGA